CCCGCGGGCCCCCCCCGCCCCCCGGCGACGACAGCAGAGAGGCCGAGGACUCCGGGGUGGGCCCCAAGAUCCCGCAGGCGCUGGAGAAGAUCCUGCAGCUCAAGGAGAGCCGCCAGGAGGAGCUGGUGACAGUCCCGGGGGUCUCGGCCGAGGACGAGAUGGAGACGGAGCUGCGAGCGUCGGCGUCGGCCUCCGAGGCUGAGGAGGACACGGGGACAUCCAAAAAGGAGCGGAACCGGAAGCGCCGGAACCGCAAGAAGAAGAAGCGGGGGAGGGGCGGGGCCCGGGAGGGGCCCCCAACCCCGACCCCCCCCCGGGGGGACCCCGAGCCCCCCGCCGGGGACGCCCCCGAGGUGGAGAUCGAGUACGUGAGCGAGGAGCCCGAGAUCUACGACCCCAACUUCGUCUUCUUCAAGAGGAUCUUCGAGGCCUUCAAGCUGACGGACGAGGUGAAGAAGGACAAGGAGAAGGAGCCGGAGCGGGCGGAGCGAGCCGAGAGCGCCGGAGUGCCCCGGAAAAAGGGACCCGAGGAUGGCACCAGGGGCAGCGAUGGGGACAGCUCCGAGGACGAGCAGGAGAAGAAGCAGGAGGUCCCCAAGCUGUCCAAGAAGAAGCUGCGGCGCAUGAACAGGUUCACGGUGGCCGAGCUGAAGCAGCUGGUGGCGUGCCUGGACAUGGUGGAGAUGGACAGUGGGAAGGAGUUUGAGACGCGGCUCAAGGAGAAGAAGCCGGGAGAUCUCUCGGACGAGUUGCGGAUCGCGCUGGGCAUGCCCGUGGGGCCGGGGAAGGAGUUUGAGACGCGGCUCAAGGAGAAGAAGCCGGGAGAUCUCUCGGACGAGCUGCGGAUCGCGCUGGGCAUGCCCGUGGGGCCG